AAUGCACAUCGAGACGAGCACACCAGGGACAGAUAAGGUUGUUGAAAGCACAUUUCCACUUGGCACCCACACUCACCCAUUGUCUUAGUGCGACUGUGCUUCCUGAAUGUGGUCGUGAAGAGUCCAGCCAUUGUCACAUCGAAGGAUAUCGUAGCCCCGUUUACUGAGAAGACCAAAUACGAUCGAAUAUAAAUUGCUCGCCCUUCGGUUCAACUUCAAGAAGAUUGCGGAGGAUACUCACUAUGGCGUCCCUUUGGAUUGCGACACUCCUGAUCGCCGUAUGUCUGGCUUCAGCUGCAGAUGUCACGUUAGAAGAAGACGUUAGAAAUGUAUCUUCCCCGGCCUUGCCUGUCCUCAAGAGGCUCAAGAGAGCGGGCUGCAGGGAGACAGAGGAGAAGUGGCACGUGGAAGGGUUUCGUGAAAUGAUAAGUGAGGCCCACAGAUCUGGAAAAGCUGGCAAGUUCAGCCAUGACUUUACAUUGAACGGGUACAACGCACACCUAAAGUUUGGACUGGCUCGCCAUGACGGAGAGCUAUGGCUGGGACUGUUUCUUGGCUUCUGCAAGGGUCACACUGACCAGCUUCUCGCAUGGCCCUUCAGGGCGCGCUACGCUCUAAUGAUCGUCCAUCCAACGGACGAGACGUUGGACAUCUCGAACACCAUCUCGUCAUUCUCAACUGCAACGUUCGGUUCCUUCAAAAGACCAACAUCCGGUUGCAACUAUCCACGGGGAUUCCCUAAGCUGAUACGAGUAUCAGAAGUUGAGAAAAAAGGAUACGUAGUGGGCAAUGCUAUAUCUGUUGGUGUUAAGCUCAAUCCGUAAAUUAGGACUAAGAUGAUGAUUCCCCAUUUGUUUGCGCCAUUAUGCGCUAGUCGUUCCCUGUACGGGUACAUACAUGCAAUUGUGUCCACGAAGCAAGUGAUGACAGCGCAGCUGUAAUCAAAUAGUUGGUAAGUAAAAAUCGUGACAUUUGCUUUCAUGUUGCACCAGGGAUUUCGAUGUGCUGUCUAAAGCUAUACGCACUUUCUAUGCUCGAUUUGCCAACGUCUCCCUUAGCGUCGUCGAACGGUUUGCUUUUGGGACCUCCUCCUGGACGAUAUUAUAUCCAAUGUAUGUCUGUAAAUGGUUAAUAAAGGUGUAAUUUUUGA